AUGGCAACUCUCGAUUCCGUCCAGCUUCUUUCUGAAGCAGCAUUUGGCUGUGUACAUCUUGCGGCUAUUCUCUCCAAGGACGAGAAGACUGCUGGCCAGUUCAGAGAGGAAUUCUGCAAGCAAUACAAAUUGCUAGCUCCGUACUCGAAGACAGAGACGGUUGCUGUUCCAACCACUGGCCUCCGAACUGUGGCGUCCCUCAAGCCGAAGUAUCACUGUUUGAGUUGCGCAGAAGUAUGCCUGGGUUCCAAGCGAGCGGAACAUACUGCGGCGACUGGGCAUGUAUUUUAUAUCGAGUCUCGCAACCGCUUUGUCUUCUGUGAGAAGUGUGUCGAUUUCAUCUAUGAUCACACCCUGGACAGACUCCGUGGCCCUUCUGGCAAGUUUGAAGCCAUUGAUGGGCGAUCUAUUUGGGCCGAAGACUCGGUCUCCGAGGUCUACGUCAAGAACAAUGCUUACAAGAACCCGUGUGCCAUCCGCGGCGCUCGGGGUGUUUGGAACAUGGGUCAAACGUGCUACCAAGCUUCUAUCUUACAGGCUCUGCUACACGACCCUAGCCUCACUGCUUAUUUCCUGGGAGGUGGCCAUGACGUCCACACAUGCAUAAUCAAGGACUGUCUCGCCUGUGCGACUGCUGAAGUCUUUAUGGAAUUCAACAGCGCGGAGAAGAAUGAAGCAGUCUCUGCAGCCAUGCUUCUUCACCAUGGUUGGCAGAAAUCCAAGGAAAUGCGUGGAUACCGCCAGCAAGACGCCCACGAAUACUUCCAAUUCCUUGUCAAUGAACUGCACUCAUCCACCCCCGGACAUGUGGAGAGCUAUGACAAGCCAUGCGAGUGCUUCUUCCAUCAGAUGUUCUACGGCGAACUGCGCAGCAGCGUCAUGUGCCAUAAAUGUGGCCAAACCACCAACACCCACGACCCCAUGGCCGAUCUGAGUCUCGAUGUCCAGCUUCAGCAAAAGAAGCGCAAGCUUGGUCGCUCUACUUCUUCUUCUACUACUGGAACCCUCCUUGGCUGUCUGGACAGCUUCACCGCCGCUGAAGAUCUCCACGCCGAUGCUGCUUACCACUGCGAGAAGUGUGGUAACACUCCCCAGAGGGCUUCGAAGCGCCUGCAGAUCCGCAAACUCCCUGUUAUGCUUUGCAUGCAACUGAAGCGUUAUGAACACUCCUCUAACUCAUCCGAAAAAAUGAAUGGUCAUAUCGACUUCCCUUUGUCUGUGAACAUGUUACCUUACACCGUCAGAAAGGACAACCUUCCUGUUGACAUGUCGAAUUACAUAUACGACUUGUCCACGGUUAUCGUCCACCAAGGGACAAUGGACUCUGGACAUUACUAUGCCUACACCCGUAUUGAAAACGACAAGUGGGUACUGAUGGACGACAAUAAGGUCACCGUCGCCGGUGUGGCCGAAGUCCUCCGCCAGGAUGCCUAUCUCCUGUUUUACAGCGCUCGUUAUCUCCGGGCCGAGAAGAAAAAGAAGUAG